AUGUACGAUGUGGCUGUUUAUUCAUUAUUCGGCACACUGAUAUUCUUCAUUAUUAUUCAUUUGAUCAGUUUGGGGAUACAGUUGGAAGUCACCACGGAUGGUGUUGAUUAUAUCACCCAACAGGUCAAUCAGCAACGUAAAGAAUAUGAGGAAGCUGUGCAUAGAUUCGUAUACGACGCUUUUUUUGUUAGGAAAUACUAUGAGAAUAGGCCAGCAACCUUUGAACUUACCGAGACGUUAUCUACUCAGCAAGCACUAUCAAAAUAUAAAGAGAUGAAAAAAGAACGAAACGUUGAUAAAGCGAUAAAUGAAAUUAGCAAACAUUUAACAAUGCUUAGCAAAAUGAAAGUGGUUAUGGACCAGCCAGAGGAAAAGCAAUUUGACUCAAAAUUUAUGAAGUUAAUUAAAGAAUUACAUGAAACUGGGCAAACUACCACAAGAAAAGGCGUAAACAGAAUAAAACAGGACAAGAAACUGUCAAAAACACAAGAAGAUAAGUUAUGCAUAGUGUUUAGAUUAGGGGCGAAAGCGAAACGUUCGAAAGAGUUCAGCACUCGUGCCGCAAUUUCAAGAGCAAUCCAAGUAGGAAGGAAAUACGAAAGCGGAUAUGCCGAUUUGACCCAGUAUAGUAUUAAAGAUCAGAAGAGCCAAAUGAUAACCGAGAAAACACAGAUAAGUGCUGUAAAAACUCCAAGUAUUCAAAGAGCUGAAGUGUCACCUCAACGCAGAAAAUCACUUCCGUCACCAUCGCGGCUCUCUGUGACAAGUCGUAAAUUACAGAUGCUAUCUUCAAAAGUAGCUGGUAAAAUUUUAUGGAUUCUUGAACCGGACAGAACACAAUCGUCAUCACAUCACACAAGUCAGAGUCAAGCAACAGGGAGCUUAUCAACACAAAUUAAAUGCGAUGCAAAAGUAGUGGAAUUUUCGGAGCCUCCCAAAACGAUUCUACCAAAGUCAAUGACAAACCAGAAAAGUCUAAAAAGUUUUUCUGGACAUGAAAGUGGUAGUUCGGAAAAUGACACCCCGGCACAUAUUAACACUCUUAAGUCACUUACAAAGCAAGAGUCGGAAGAAAAUAUUGAAGCAGGGGACGAAGAAGAGAUUGAAGAUAAGAAGGUGAUAAAGUGA